AUGAUCAAUGUCGAAAGAGAAACACAUAAAAUCCCUGGUAUAUCACUAGCAGUACUUCAGCGGGGUAAAAUCAUCUUUGGUAAAGGUUACGGUUAUUCAAAUAUUGAACAUAAAGUACCUGUAAAGCUUGAAACAAUUUUUCAGUCUGGUUCUAUCGGCAAACAAUUUACUGCGAUGGCUAUAAUGAUACUUGUAGAAAAAGAAGUCAUUGAUUUAGAUGAUAAAAUUCAGAAAUAUUUUACUGAUGCACCUAUCGAAUGGAAUAACAUUACAAUUCGACAUCUGUUGACUCAUACAUCUGGAAUGGCCGGAUAUUCAGCUGAUUUUAAUCUUCAUUUUGAUUAUACCAACGAUGAUAUUUAUAGAUUAAUUCAAAAGAGUCCGCUUACUUUUCAACCAGGUGAACAAUGGGCCUAUAGUAACUUUGGCUAUGUUAUGCUGGGAUUCUUGAUUGAUCGUGUGACAAACCAAUUUUAUGGAGAUUUUCUUCGAGAGAAUGUUUUUAAUCCUCUUGGAAUGAACACUGCACAAAUAAUCAAUGAAACUGAGAUAGUUCCCAAUCGUGCUUCUGGAUACAUAUUAGUUAAUGGUGAAAUAAAAAAUCAUGAAUGGGUAUCACCAAUAUUUAACACAUUAGCUGAUGGAAGUUUGUAUUUGAAUAUUUAUGAUAUGGCCAAAUGGGAUGAAGCACUUUAUACUAAUCAGUUACUUAAAAUGAAAACAAGUUUCGAUGCAAUGUGGAGUCCUGUUAAAUUGAACAAUAACACAACGUAUCCAUAUGGAUUUGGUUGGUGGUUACUAGAAGCGAUAAAUGGAAUGCGCAUUCUCGAACAUGGUGGAUCAUGGCAAGGGUUUCGAUCAAUGAUUGUUCGUGUUCCAGAGAAUGAAAUAACAGUUGUACUUUUUACAAACCUCAACAGUCCGACCGUUGAUGUAAGACGAAUCGCUCGACGUGUGUUAGAAAUAAAUAAUCCACAACUUGUUGUCAAACCAGCCAUUAAUAGGAUUCAAUAG